AUGUCGGCAACCUCGACAAAGAUGUCCCUCCGGAGAAGGAGGAGCUCGCGAGGAAGUUCAAGAAGUAUGGAGACAUUGUGGAUGUGUGGGUCUCCAGACAGCCAGCAGGAUUCGCUUUCGUCACUUAUGACACGUACAAGGAUGCAUUGA